CGUCCGCAUUAUAAGCAUUCUGAAGGGCUGGACAGUGAGACCUAUGCGUGAGACACGGUGUGUUUUUGUAAAAUGAAUGCUCGUGUGAAAAUCAGCGGAAGGGAGCCGAUAUCACUAGUGUCCAGAUGUGUGGAGGCCGCGCUCGAGACGGCGCUGCGCAGGGCAUUUGAGGUGGCGCUUGAGAUCGCGAUCAAUGAGUUCAGCAGACUUCUGGAUAACAGCGAGAAACAGCGGGAGAACAACCAUCUCACAUUACCAACACAGCAUCUCAAUCAUGGGGAAUCAAAUCAGAGCAGCUCGUACAGUCUGCGAGAGGAUACACCGCAGAAACACGAUGAAGUGCAUGCAUAUGUGGAUGAGAGUGAAGGGCUGAUGAAAGGAUCUUUUGACGAAAUAUCUCAUCAUGAUGGUCGUGUACGAUCACAAGAAAUUAACACAACACCUAUACAUGAGCAAGAUACAUCAGACCAAAAGGAGCUCAGCAUAGAUCUCAUACAAGAUGUACAUCCAAGCGAUCAAGGCGUAUCAUUUCAGCCUGCAAUUGAGCAAGUUAAGGUGAAAAGUGAAAAGUCAGAUCCAGAAGAACUUGCACUGAAUAGCAGCUCUGGAUGUGGUUCUCCUUAUUCUAGUCCAGACUAUAGUUUUGACUCAACUUGUAAUGAGGAGUUUGUGCACAACAGAAUGACUUUAGUUCCGCCAAAACUGCUAGAAGACUGGAAGCCUGCUCCAGAGAAGCCACAGAAGGAGACAGAUCCUUUGGAUCAAGAACCCAGCCACAGUCAAGGCUCCUCAAAGAUCAAUUUGCCAUCCAGUGGCUGCGUCUCUCUAGUCUCCACCCCGUUUCACAACCUCUACCUAUCAGAAGACGACAGGACAUCCCUCACGCAGUCAACGCAAAACUGUAAUGAGCAGAAUCACAGAACCAUAUUAAUGAAUGUGGAAGAAGGCACUGUCGCAACCCGGCCGAGAAAGCAGCAGCUUUUCCCUCCAGGGUGCAGCCCGUAUCACUGCAGCAUGUGCAGCCGAGACUUCAAUCGCCUGGAGAACCUGAAGACUCAUUUAAGGAUACACACUGGUGAGCGUCCGUAUAGUUGUUCAUUGUGCGGGGUCCGGUUUCGGCACUCGGGGGCACUGACGCGGCACUUCCGCAUUCACACCGGGGAAAAGCCGUAUGUGUGUGAAGAGUGUGGGAAGAGUUUUAGAAACUGUGGAGGUCUGCGCUACCACCAGAAAUCACACCAUCCUAAUACUGUCUUUGAAACAUCACGCGUAUAAAAUGAUUUCGUUGGUCAGUUUUGAUAGAAAGCUUGUUGUCGUGUUCAGUCAGGUUUGAGGUUCUCAACAACUCGGAACCAUCUGUAGGGGAGAGCGGGGCUAGGUGUAACACACAUGGUUUAAAAC